AUGUCAUCAGUAUGGAGCCAACUCACCAGUGCCGCAGACACCACAGGCCUUGACCUGGACCAAGACAUCGUUGUCCCGAAGCUUCGGCAGGGGGACCGUCACGAUGGAAAAGUCCUCGGGCUUCUCAUACCUACGUACCUGAGAGCCUUCAUCUCCUUGGGAAGUGACGCCAUCUUUGGCGAGUUUCUGGUUGCAGUUUUGUACUGUACUGUGGACGAACAGGCAGCUGGGCGGGACGCUACGUCUCUUUAUCGGAACAAUGCAGACCGUCGACUGCACUCGAAACUACACCUGGGUGGGAAUACCUUCAAAGCGACAAGACAGCAGACGACGGCGGCAGAUGGGGACGAGAGUGAGCUGCCUCGGCUCUCAGCCAUGAGGGCGAGCGUUAUUUCUAUGUACGCUUUCUGGCAUGGCACACGCCAGGGGGGCGGCUCUGGACUCCAUCCAUGCUGCAUGCCGGACGCUUGUCAACCUGCUGCUUCAGACGGGGUGCGCACACUGCGGACCGUCCUGGUCAGUCGACGCCCCACCGGCCAGCACCAACAUCGUGUGUUAGCUCCCCCACACGACGGCGUGGCUGCUCUGCCUCAGCACGACUUCCCACAGGACGGCAGGUGGAUAGCGAGUCAGGGGGGAUCUUUGCUUGUUGGAGUGCAUCGAGCACGGGUUUGGAUGUUUCAACCCGCUACGACGACUGCGUCGCCGUCGCCCCCUUGGGCCAACAUCAGAUGGUGUGUCCAAAGGAAUCCAGGCCGGGGUGUACGCCUUCACCCACACGCAAAGGCGGGGUGCCUAGUCGGGAUGCCAGGGCGUCGAUAA